UCUCAUUUUUCUCUUAGAACAUCAAAGCGAAGCCAAAAAAGCAAAUAAUGAAGACUUCCAUGAGCAUCGUCAUCAUUUUCUUUGUAACUUUCCUCUCGAUUAUAACAAUCUCAUUAGCCAAGCAGAGCCCUCUAGAAGAUUGCAUAAGAAGAAAUAUAGCACGAUCGCUCCCUCCUUCCCCUAUGAAUAAGCCCAAAACUCCUCCUUCCGACGCUAUGGAAGACAAUAUCUGUAGAGAUGAAGGACGCAUCAUUGUGUACUACGUGAAAGUGAAUGGAAAGUUCCCACAAUACUACGUCAAGGCAUUGUGCAAUGUAUUCGGAGACGACGAUGGGAAGGUGAAGCAAUACGUUCUUGAGAAAUGGUUAAACCAUUCAAAGAAGCUCAUCGAUAGCUUAUCUUGUGCUUCUCUAUAAAUAAUAAAAUGUUCUCUUUUAUUUUCUAAUGAUUUUGUUGGAUUGGAUUAAUUA